AUGAACAAAUUGACAAUAGACAAAUUUCGCAUCAAAGGGAUUCGAGCUUACUAUGAUGAUACAACAGGCACAGAAGUCGAAGAGACUGAGUCUAUGCUUUACUACAAAACUCAAACAUUUUAUUGUAAGGUUGAAAUAGAAAUACCCACAUGUACAACUGAUCGUGAUUGGACUAUCGGUCUUGUUCAAGCAUGUGACUACAUGUAUUUAGCUAAUGAUUAUGAUGGAGUUGGCAAAUCACUUUGGGAAUUUCAUCCAUUAAAAAGUGGUCUGAGAAGAUUAAUAAAUGACAGUGAUGGACGACAAUAUCCAUUUUACAGCGUUAAUCAAAGUUUGUAUAAUAUUAAAAAAGGUCCUGUGAGAAAAUUAACACUAAAUUUACACGUAAAGGAUUAUUUUCAUCCAUCUGUCGUCUGGGAACUGCCUUUUUCCGGUGGUGUACGCCUAACUGAAAUUAAUAGACAACAGAAAUUUUUAAUUUGGUUAGUAGCUAUCAAAUAUGGUAAAAAGUUUUCAUGUAAAGAUGAAAUUACUGUACUGAAAAAGAUACGGUGGGAGUAUGAUUUACACAUGAAAGUUGAUCCUUUUAUGCCAUUAGGUAGCCGAGUACGGAAAAUUUAUGAUGUACAGGAUAGUGGAGUUAUUAUGAUGGAUCCAGAUAAAUCAUAUAAAUUGCCAAUUGCUGCAACAUUCCCACCACAUUGUAAUGCUGCACAAUCAUUGAUAUGGUAUCCGAAAGAUCCACAUAAACCAGCACGUAUACUCGUUCCACCUAAACAGAUAAUUGUCCCAUGGGAAGAAUGGGUUCAUGAUAUGCUAGGUCCAAAUAUCAGAGUUCGUAAACCUAAUGAAGUUUCUGAGAUUGGUGAUAGUAUAAUUUGUGCUUAA